CCCCUCCACCAAGCCCCGCCCCCGAGCCACGUGACGCCCGGUUCCGGAAGAGGAUGGCGGCGGGAUGGAGGCUGGCGAGCGGCGCGGGGGCGACGCGGCUCUCCCUCCGGCUCGGGCUGCUGCUGGCCUCGGUGGCCCUGUUGGGGCCGGACGUGGCCGGCGGAGCCGCCUCGGAGCCCGGCCGGUGGCACCUCGAGAUCGGCGGCCAAGGCGAGCACUUGCUUGUGUUCCCCAAGACGAUGUUUAACAGGACCGCAGUGAUGCUCAAAUUUCUGAAUGAGACGUGUGACUCGGACGUGAUGCUCACCAUUACCUGCUACCUGCGCAGCUCCCGGUGUCACGACGAAGUCUACAUAAACGAAAAGAAAGCCGUCAGCUACCUGAACAGAUACGAAUACACAGACAGCAUCGCGGGGGGCGGCCAGUACGUCUAUGAAUCCAAACAGAUAUACUGUCACAGUCUCAAUGAGCUGCAUACUUGGGAACUCCCCCUGCCCAAGAAGCUGGAGCCACCGCAAGAGUUGCGGGUUCCCAGUUCGGGCCCGCCUGGCAAGACGAAGAGGGAAGCCCCCGAAUCCUCAAAAGACCAGAACGCUUCCCCUGAUAAGGAUCUGGAAUUGGUGCCAAAGCCCAGCGCAGAGCAGAAAGAAGGCGUGGCUCAGGCAAAGGCCGCUGGUCCGGCAGAGGAGGCCAAAGCCGAUGGGAAGAAACAAGACGCUCCAGGGACAGGAGGAAAAAAGGUUGGUGGCAGAGAUGGAGGCAGGAAGAUGUUUUCCGGGGGCCGCAAGGACCCUCGUGUGCCCUGCAAAGGCCCCUGUUUCUUCCUCGGCAAAAUUUUUCAGCAGCAACUACCCCCCUAG